UUGGCGCUUGCCGUGCUACCAGCCACUAUUUAAUCGUUGCUAACGAGUUUAUUUAACAUAAAACGAACCAUUCGUGGCUCAUUGGAAAACAUUACGGUGGUAAUGAAAGACAACCUUGACUGUUGAAAAGCAACGCCUCAGUCUGUGCAAGAGGGACCACAAUGGCAAACGAUGUGUGCAGCCAUGUGAAGGUGGUUGUUCGGGUGAGACCGACCAGCGACCGGGAAAAGCGUGAAAACUGUCGAAAUGUGGUCCAGGUCGUUGAUGGUCAGAUGCUCAUAUUUGACCCCAAGGAGGAAGAGCCAUGUUUCGGAUCACAGAGAGUACGGAACAGAAACCUAAACAAAAGGGCAAACAAAGACCUGAAGUUUGUUUUUGAUCACGUCUUUGGCGAGAACGCCACUCAGGUUGACAUUUUUGAAAAUACCAUGAAGGUCGUGUUGGAUAGUGUCAUGAAUGGAUUCAACUGCACAGUGUUUGCCUACGGGGCUACUGGAGCAGGAAAGACACACACCAUGCUGGGCUCUCAGGACGACCCAGGGGUCAUGUAUCGCACAAUGACAGAGCUGUUCAACCGCAUGGAUGAUGCCAAGGAUGAGAAAGAGUUUACUGUCGCAUUCUCAUAUCUUGAGGUUUACAAUGAACAGAUCAGAGACUUGUUGGCCAAUGCCGGCCCUCUCGCCGUCAGAGAAGAUGGGUCUAAAGGAGUGGUUGUUCAGGGCCUCACACUGCAUAAGCCCAAAUCUGCUGAGCACAUUCUCGAGGCUUUGGAUUCUGGCAAUCGAAACAGGACCCAGCAUCCCACUGAUAUGAAUGCCACAUCUUCCAGAUCUCAUGCAGUGUUUCAGAUAUAUUUGAGGCAGCAGGACAAAACUGCUAGCCUCAAUCCAAACGUCUGCAUUGCCAAAAUGAGCCUGAUUGACUUGGCGGGCUCCGAGAGAGCCAGCGCCACCAACGCCAAAGGGGCACGCCUACGUGAAGGCGCGAACAUCAACCGCUCCCUCCUCGCACUCGGAAACGUUAUCAAUACUCUUGCUGACCCAAAGAGUAAGAAAACUCACAUACCAUACAGGGACAGCAAGCUGACGAGGAUACUCAAAGACUCCUUGGGAGGCAACUGCAGGACGGUCAUGAUUGCCAACAUCAGCCCCUCGUCACUGUCUUAUGACGACACCCACAACACGCUUAAGUAUGCCAACAGAGCCAAGGAAAUUAAGUCGUCGCUGAAGAGUAAUGUUGUCAGCCUGGACAGUCACAUCGGCCAAUAUGCAGUGAUAUGUGAGAAGCAACGGCAAGAGAUUCUCCAGUUAAAGCAAAAACUAAAGGAGUACGAGUCGAAGAACAACACGUCGGAUGCUUUGAACACGACUUCUUCCCAGAAACAAGCAGAGUUCAAAAGGGUGUCAGAAGCGCUGCAGCGAAUCUUCUCAAGCCGAGCCCAAAUCAGGCAAGAACAGCUGGAUCUGGAGAGACAACUGAAGGAGAAUGAGCUGCGCCAGCGCUACAGCGAGGAGGACAACCUGCAGGUCCAACACUUCUGUGCCAAAGAGAAGACGGAGAAGGCCACGUGUAAGUUCGAGCGUAAGAUCGCCAGCUUGCGCACCCAGCAGCAGCACAUUUGUAAACGCCUGAAGGAAGCAGAGGCACGUUUCCUGGAGAAUGAUGGCUUGCUUCAUCGUGUCGAGAACGAGAUGAAGCUGCUGAAGUCCAACGAUCAGACUUCAGAGGUGUUAGAGAAGGACCUGCGUUGCCACAGACUGGAGCUGGAGGUGAGCGACCUCAAACAGCACAUCAAGCAGAUGGUGGAGCUCACCGCGGUGCAGGAUCAGGAGAACAAACGCAUGCAGAAAAUGAUGAACAUCUUGCUGCCGGCCUACAGUCGGCAUUACUCGUCGCUGUGCGAGUCCGGGCUGGCCACGGCAGUUGAUGAGAAGGAGAACCAGGAGCUGGAGCACCUGGUGCUGAGGGAGAGGGGCGUGGUGUGGGCCGACCAGGAAGAUGCGGGACAGCAGCAGAAGAGUGACGUGAACAAAGCAAACACACAGGCCGCAAACGAGGCCGGAAGAGUCGGGGUCCACAGCGAUCUGGCGCCUGUCCUGUCCUUCUCCUAUCUGCUGUACCACCAGAGCAGCCCCUGCAGUGCCGAGAGACGCACAAAACUCACGUCGCUGAGCAACGCCGCUCCAUCGCCGAGAGGUGCAGCGCUGCAAAUGGAGGCAUCCCGCAAACCGCCUCCUAAAAUGCCCAUCAGGAGGAACCUGUCGGCGUCACUCCCACCGUCGACUCCUCAGACCGCCGCCGGGGCCCACACGUUCGAGGAGGGCGUGUUGCCCAUCCAAUGCACGCCACAGUCUGCUCAGAAGGACGCCCGGUCCCGGCUGCUGGGCUGCUCCAGCGCCAGGGACCCCAAUCUGACCAUCGACGUGCUGGACGACGACGAACAGCCUGCCUGCAACACCACCAUCACACUGGGCUUCGACAGUCCGUGUCAAGCGCCGCAGUCCUCAGAUGUCUCCAGACCAAGUCGACCUCUCCAACCCGCCAAGGCCAGUGAGAGGAAUCAGACGCCUUCCAACAGGCAGCAGGGGCCUCCGCUGCAGGACGUGAGGCGAGCCAACCCCACCUACAUGGACAUGACGUCCGCAGCGCAAGGAAAGCGGAAAAUACACAACAGCGUCAGUGAGGCCGUCCCUCAGGGUCUCCCUGGACCCAAGCGAAUUAGGAGAGACCCCACGGUGGUCCAGAGGCCCGUCAGAGUGCAACGGUUUGCUGGCUCGGAGAACUUCCCCGGCCGAGUCGUGAGGAGCAUCUCUGAGCAAAAUCUCAACUUCAUGGAGCCUCACAAAUCCAGGUCCAUCUUCUACAGGACGGCUCAACAGUUCAAACGAGUCAAGAAGCACAUGUGACGCCGCCGUCCACUUUCGUCUCACUGAAAUAAAACAACGGAGAAGCUUUGUUUCAGUUUGUGUUUUUAUUCAGUUUCACUCCGAAAUAAAUUAUACUAGAUUGUGUUUCAGUUCU